AUGGAAGAGCGUAUGGCAUUGGAUCCAAAACAAAAAGAUGUGCUCGAUAGAGAGGAAGAACAACAAUUACAAAAUAAAUCUGAACCUCACAAUAUUGACAUGUACAUUGAACAAUUUAAAAAACAAAUUAAAGCUGGUCUAUUUUACAUAUGCUGUGUGUGUAACCGAACAUUGUAUAAAAAAUCUGUAAUUAUCCUAAAGAAAACUAAGUAUUCUGUUCAGAAUUGUUUUAUGGUUCAAUGUUCUUUUGAUGGCAAUGAGUACAUCUGUAAAACAUGUCAUACUAAAUUACUUAAAAGUCAACUGCCAUGUCAAGCUGCAGUAAACAAUUUAUUUGUUGAUGAAACCCCUGCUGAACUUGCUGCAUUAGAGAAACUUGAACAAAUUCUUAUUGCACAGAGAAUAGUCUUUGAAAAAAUCGUAAUAAUGCCUAAAGGACAACAAAGAAAAAUUAAAGGUGCAAUAUGUAAUGUGCCAGUUGAGUGUAAUCAAACCUGCACU